AUGUCGACUUCCACUUCUUCCCCGCAGCAGCUGAAAGAUGAGGUCAAGAUCGCUGAGACCAAGGCCGUCAACCAGACCAUUGCUCAGCUGCGCUCUCUCGGUGCUGGUGCAGCUGGUGGUCUUUGUGCUGUGAUUGUGGGACACCCCUUCGAUCUGGUCAAGGUGCGCUUGCAGACUGCUGAGAAGGGUGUCUACUCGGGUGCUAUGGAUGUGGUGAGGCGGACAGUUGCCCGUGAGGGAUUGGCCAGGGGUCUGUAUGCUGGUGUCUCUGCGCCCCUCGUCGGUGUUACUCCUAUGUUCGCUGUCAGCUUCUGGGGUUACGAUCUGGGCAAAACCCUUGUGAACAAAUUCUCGGUUGUCCCCGUCAAGCACGAUACUCCUCAAUACUCCAUUGCACAGAUCUCCGCAGCCGGUUUCUUCUCGGCCAUUCCCAUGACCCUGAUCACCGCGCCUUUUGAGCGUGUCAAGGUCCUCCUCCAGAUCCAGGGUCAGAACCCUCCUCCCCCCGGCCAGAAGCCCAAGUACUCCGGUGGUACCGAUGUCGUGCGCCAACUGUACAAGGAGGGUGGUAUCCGCAGUGUGUUCCGUGGUAGCGCCAUGACGCUGGCUCGUGAUGGCCCUGGUUCCGCUGCGUACUUUGCGGCCUACGAAUACAUCAAGCGCUCGUUGACCCCCAAGGAUGAGAAUGGAAACAUCACCGGCGAGCUAUCUCUGUCCGCGGUUCUGUGCGCUGGUGGUGCUGCUGGUAUUGCCAUGUGGAUUCCCGUCUUCCCCGUCGACACAAUCAAGUCUCGUCUGCAGAGCGCACCGGGUAAGCCGACUAUCGGCGGCACCAUCCGGUCAGUUUACGCCAGCGGUGGUUUCAAGGCCUUCUUCCCUGGCUUCGGACCGGCUCUGGCUCGUGCGGUGCCUGCCAACGCUGCCACUUUCCUUGGUGUUGAGCUGGCUCACAAGUUCAUGAAGAAGCUCUUUGACUAG